CGCACGAUCACCGUCAGUGAGACUCAUUGAGAGUAUCAGCAAGUGCGACCGCGAGGUGCACAAUAUGGCCGCAGAAGACAUACGUGCUCUUCCCAUCGAUGCCGUCGCACAGGCCACACGCCAAGCUCAGCGCGACGGCAUCUUUGCUGGCCUAUCCUCGGCUCUUGUAAGUGCCAUCCUAGGUGCCAGGUUGUUUCGCCUCAACAGGAACGCUACCAUCCUGUGCGGCGUAGUUACUGGAAUUGUAUCGGGCUAUCAGUUCACACAAGGCUUCCUCGCCACCAACCUCGCGCGCCUUGACGCGGAAAAGGCUAGGCUGGACAAACUCGCCACUGAGCAAGACGCCUCGACAAACUUCUGAUUCUCAGAAAUGUCCUCCUGUCUCGUCUGAUCGCCGCAACCCGCAUUCAAACAAGCUAGAGCUCAGAUCUGGUCUCGAAUCACCAACCGUCGGUCACCAGUUGCAACGCCUCGUGUACGUAUAUGUUGUUGUUAAUCAAAUAGCUUAUCGCGGAAUUCCCUUGU